AUGGAUGCAACUUCUCCAGCUGGGGAAGCUAAAUGUCGAAAGAGGAAUGAGAACACGGAUAUUAGUUGCUGCAAGAAAUUGUGUGAUCUACCUGAUGCGCUGCUUCUGCGCAUCUUGGAAUUGCUUCCUAUGGAAUAUGCUGUGAGAACGAGCGUGUUGUCGAGAAGGUGGGAGUUCCUGUGGACUUCUAUUCCUAAUCUUCUCUUCGAUGAAACUGAAUUCCCUAACCAGACACUCUUCAUGAAUUUCGUGGAAAGAGCACUUGUAUGUCGAGACUGCUCCUCUAUGAAUGCUUUCUCUCUCUCGUGCAGUGUGCAAUCUGAUGCGGCCCGCAUCAAUGCGUGGAUUGCUGCCGCGGUCAGGUGCAAUGUGCAGAAGCUGGAGCUACAACUAUAUGAUAUUGAACAGCCUUACGUGUUACCUUGCUGCCUGUUUAGGUGCAAGACACUGACAGAAUUCGAUCUCGAUAUGCCAAUUAAUCUCAGAAUUCCUUCUUUGGUUUGUUUUAGGAGUAUAAAGGUCUUAAGACUUGAGCAAGUCAAUUUUGUGGACAAUGAUUGUACUGGAGAGUUGUUUUCAGGCCCAGCCCUACAGGAGUUGCGUCUCACAAGGUGCAGCUGGACAGCUCUCAAAGUGCUUAAAAUUUCCGCUCCUAAUCUCUGGCGCCUGAAUAUAAGUGUAUGUGAUGAGUAUGAUGGAAGAAAUUGCCAAGUACUGAUCAAUGGAGCCAGACUCACGCGCUUCCACUAUUGUGGCGAGCUCUUCUGUGACUAUGACAUAUCUGGCUUAGAUUUGCUAGUUAAGGCUUACAUUAAUGUGGAUAUGGGCAGUCAACAAACGGUAGACCAAAUACACCGUGGAUAUAAGCUCUUAAGGAAACUUUCUAAUGUCAAAAAGCUGACCUUACUGGGCGAAGUUGUCAAGGAUUUGGAUGAGCACAAUGAGCUCCGUAACACUCUACCAGCUUUUCGUAACCUCACGGACUUGAAAGUUUGGGAUGGACAUGGGGGCCUAGAGUGUAGACAACUCGGAGUGAUACUUAGAAGAUCUCCUUGUUUGAGGAGUCUUGAGUUUCAAGAGGUGAUUUAUUACUGUACGUUUUCCUGUAGAAUGGAUGUGUUUUCUCAAACAUUUGACGGGAUAUUGGACCCUAUGCCUCCUUGUUUCUUAUCAUCCCUCAAGAAAAUCACCAUUUGCUUUUUUUAUGCAACUGAUGCGGAGAUCUCAGCUGUUAGGGUUUUGCUUAGGACGGCUAAAGCUUUGGAAGAAUUAGUUAUUCAUUGUGACGAGAGUUGUUCUGAAGAUGCUGUUGGAGACUUGAGGCACUUGGUGGAGAUGUCAAACUUGACUGGUUCAUGCCACGCGAUUCGUCUAAUUAUUAAAUAG